GCAGCUUGAAGAGAAAUAUUUCAAUCGCUCUGCUAGUUUUACUGAUUGUGGUUUAGUGUCCUGUUGACGUUUGAGGACGUUUUUCUGCAACCAUGAGUCGAGGGACGACUUCAGUGACCGGCGACAUAAAAGUGGAAAAGAGUAAAAUGAAAUGGGAUCCGAAAACUUUGGAAAUUCGAACGCAUUCAGUCGAGAAGACCCUCGAACCCCUUGUUCAUCAGGUAACAACCUUGGUGAAUCACCCAAAGAAAAAGGGUAGCAAACUUGGAAAGUCUAAGAAUGCCCAUAAACUUGCCCAAGACAUAGAAGAUGCUACAGCUCGGCUGAUUAAAACAGGAGAGGAAAUUGCUCAAGAGUUUCCUGAAAUCAGAGAAGAAAUGUUAGCAGCUUGCAAGGACUGUCGGGGGGCAGGAGAUUCGAUGCGAAUUGCAGCCAAAGAAUUUGCAGAUGAUCCAUGUUCAUCUGCCAAAAGAGCUACAAUGGUCAGGGCUGCUCGGGCAUUGUUGUCCUCUGUCACAAGAUUGUUGUGUGUUGCUGACAUGGCAGACGUGUAUCGACUCCUUGCUUCACUGAAAUUGGUGGAGAAGAGACUGAAGGAGUUAGAGAAAGCUAGUAACACUGCAGACUUGCUGAAUUCUUUUAAGAAUCUUGGGAAUGAUCUGAUGGACUUGGCAAAACUUUCUGGCAAGAGACAAGCAGACUUAAAAGAUCCACACAGGAAAGAUGACAUGGCUGCUGCAAGGGCCACUCUGAAAGAGUCAAGCAAAAUGCUGCUGUCAUCCUCCAAGGCUUAUGUGCGCCAUCCUGAAGUGGAUUCUGCAAAAGCCAACAGAGAUUUUGUGAUGAAGCAAAUGUCUGAAGCAGUGAAUGCCAUCUCAGGGGCAACACAGGCUACUGGCUCUAGUGGACCACACCCAUAUGAGACUCCAGGGGCAUUGGCAACAGCUUUAGAUGACUUUGAUUCCCAGGUCAGCAUGGAUCCAACUUCCUACUCAGAGAAGCGCACCCGUCCCACAUUGGAGCAGCGUCUUGAAAGCAUCAUCAGUGGAGCAGCACAGUUAGCUGACUCAAUAUCAACUAGAGAUGAUACACGAGACAAGAUUAUAGCCAGUUGUAAUGGUGUGCGGCAAGCUCUCCAGGAUCUACUAUCUGAAUAUAUGAAUCAUGCCACAGGAAAGAAGAAGGCUUCUCCUGGAGGAUCACUGGACCAAGCCCUGGAAAGGAUGUGUAGACGAACCAGAGAGCUGAGAGGCCAGUUGCGUCGUGCAGUGGUGGAUCAUGUUUCCGACUCUUUCUUGGAGACUACAAUGCCUCUGAUUAUGAUGGUUGAGGCAGCUCAAGCCGGCAACGAGAAAGAAGUAGAAGAAUGUGCCAAGUUAUUCACAGACCAAGCUGCAAAACUUGAGGAGGUGGCAAACCUUGCCUGUUCCAUGUCUGUAAAUCCUGAGAAGGUAAAGAUGGUGAGACUGGCAGCAAAGAGACUGCAGAACUUGUGUCCCCAGGUCAUAAAUGCUGCUCGAACACUUGCUGCCAGGCCCCACAGUAAGGUGGCUCGUGAAAAUAUGGAUGUGUUUAAAGAGGCCUGGGAACAGCAAUUGCAGGUUCUCACUGAAGCUGUUGAUGACAUUACAGGAAUUGAAGACUUUUUAGCUACUACAGAGGCACAUAUCCUGGAAGAUGUCAACAAAUGUGUCCAGGCUCUGCAAGAGAGAGAUCCUGAGAAUGUGGACAGGACUGCUGGACAGAUACGUGGACGCACAGCCAGACUUGAAGAUGUGGUGACUGCGGAAAUGGAGAAUUACCAACAAGGGCCGUACACUGAUAAUGUAAUGAGAGCAGUGAUGUAUAUGAGGAACGAAGUGGUCCCACACUUUGCUCAGAAUGUGGAGAGAUCUGUAAACACGCUGGCUAAAGAUCCCCGUGGAGAGGUGGAUGAGGCUCAGUUUAUUGAUGCUUCUAAACUGGUAAGGAUAGGCUUCAUUUUUGAGAGUAUUAAAAUCUAUGAACAUUACUUUGUCUUGAGUGACACCUACAUGUUGUUAUUUUUGUUUUCGCAGAGACGAGGUGGUGAAGAAGUGGAAACGGAGGAUUCAGCUGCGGUGUUGUUUGCCGAGGCACAGGCUCGUGCCAGAGAACAAGCUGCCUAUGAACAACUCAAAGCGAGUGGUAAAUUACAGUUUGAGGUGCGUGCCGAAGGAGGUGAAGAUGAAGGUGGGAUGGGUGUGUCGUCCAUCAAGGUGAACGGUGUGGAGCAUUGUCCCAGGAAGCCAGGCCAUAAUGUUGUUGUACUUGAUCCGAUUGGUGACGUGUACGCAGUCAGAAAUUUCAACACCAAUUCAGGGGAAGGCCCGGCUAUGGGACAGUUUUUGAACCAACUUCCUGAGGAUCAUGUUGUUCUUGUGGCUACUCAGGAGCUGACAAGCCGAGAGCAGGGUAACAAUGUGGCGGCCGCAGCCCCAGCGCUGGAGCGUCUUGGAGCUGAGGGGCCAUUUGAUCCUGGUUUUCAUGGAUCUUACGCCUUCUCUGGCUGUACUGGACCCGCACCAAGAUUUUACACCAAGGCUGAAGUGCGACCCAGAUACCAUGGACCAGCAAUUGUGGCGCAACUCAUUCCUACUCCAGCUGCACAAAAAGGAAUGGUUCGAGUUGCGAUCGUUGCUACAGGAGAAGAUGAUCCGAAGGGAACAGGCCGAACAUCAAUCAAAGUCAAUGGCAUCGAGAGAUCGCCCAUGCUGCGCGGACACAAUAUUGUCGUACUGGACAGUGACAGAAACUUUAUAGUGGCGGCCAACUUUGACACUGCAGAUCCGUCUAAGGGGGAGGGGGUGAAGAUGGCAAAGUUCUUACAACAACUUCCCCAGGAGAGGAUAGUGCUGAUCGGUACUCAGGGGACCACCGGUACAUCAGUAAAUGAUGCAAAAGAGGCUCUUUAUGACAUAGGUGCCACAGGCAAUGUUCAUCCUGGGUUCCACGGCUCUUGGGCCUUCGUGGGCUACACAGGGCCCGAGCACGUUAAAUGGGCCAAGAACAUAAGCCAACCGCGGUACCAGGGACCUGCAGUUAUCGAAGAAAUGCUAACCAGUCCGUCAGCAGAGGAAGAGAUAAGCGCCAUGGCAGCUGCAGAGUCUGAGUACGAACCGGUGUCUGAUUACGAAUUUGAGGGAGCAGUGUCUGAUUACGAGGCUCGGUCUGAGUUUGACGACACCGAGGAUUGGGAGAAGGACAAGAGUAUAUCAAAGAGGAGUGCUAGGUCACUCAUGAGAGCUCUGCCAGCAGAAGAAAAAGCUAAGAUAGAACAGCUGGCCGAGGGACUGAAACUAGAGAAGAAAAAACUGGAAAGCGAGUUGACCAAAUGGGACGAAAGUGGAAAUGAUAUCAUUAUCCUGGCGAAGAAAAUGUGCAUGAUGAUGAUGGAGAUGUCCGAUUUCACGAGGGGAACCGGACCGCUGAAAACUACGAUGGAUGUGAUCGAUGCUGCUAAGAGAAUUGCCAAAGCUGGAAGGAAGAUGAAUGAAAAAGCUACAGAAAUUGCACAGAAGUGUCCUGAUUCAAGUUCAAAGAACGACCUGUUGGCGUACAUACAACGCAUUGCUCUGUACUCCCAUCAGCUGACCAUCACUGCCCGAGUGAAAGCUGACGUACAGAUGAUUAGUGGUGAACUUGUAGUCUCUGGGUUGGACAGUGCUACCUCUCUCAUCACAGCUGCCAAAAAUCUAAUGAACGCUGUUAUUUCUACAGUGAAGGCCUCGUAUGUUGCUAAUACCAAGCACAAGUCAGGAGAUGCAAGGGGCUCCAGUCUCACAUGGCGCAUGCGUGCACCGGAGAAGAAACCGCUGGUUAACCUCGAGAAAGAUGACCGUGUGCCACAAUUACAGCGUGCCGAGAAAGUAAAACAAGAAUCGCCCAUUCAAGCUCUCUCUGAAUUUGACACUUCGGAGACGAAACGCCAACCCGACUUUUACUAGGCAGUAUUAUUUCCCAGGAAGGAUGAACGACAACACACCUCUAAGCAAAAAUUUCUGGGGACCAAAGAAUAUUUUGAUCCUGCUUUGGAUAUGGUCGUAUGAUCCUUAAACUUAAAAUGCUGUAGGAAACCUCUGUAACCUACUCAAAAGAAUUGGAAUUUGACGAGUGCGAUUGUAAAAUUCGAAGCGAAUUGACAGACUAUUUUUUAGUUUUUUAGAUAAUAGAUAGUGUGAAUUAAUGUCAGGUUGAUGUAGCCUUGUUUAAAGCAUGAUCUCGUAGAAAAUUAGGUGAUGAAAGGCUAGAUUCUCUCAUAAUGGUUGUACAAACUUUUGUUAAAACUGCUACAAGGAGCACGUAGUUUGUUAAGGCUUUGUUAGGGUGUAAUGUGUUACGUAUUGUCUGCGUAACUGCUGACUUUUAUAGAAUGGAAAAUUUAUUCCGAGAAAGGAGACUCGUCACAGGCUUCGCAAUUUUAAGCAGCUGUCCACAAAAUAAAGACGUCAUGGUGUCGUUAAGUAACACGAUUUCUUAAGAGAUCAAAGUUGCCAAGGAAAUAACGUCAUCGACGUUUCGUAGAAACACGAGGUCAUUGUCGAUGUCAAUCACCCGGCUUAUUUAAGUCAAGAGUUUUUCUUUUGAUCAGUCUUUGUGAAAAACAAUAAGGACUAUUUUUGUAAUUAGGUAGCGUAGUUCUGAGAAUUGCACACAAUGUAUUUGCCUAAAAAAUAAAACAGCACAAAUCAAGGG